AUGAAGCAGGAAUAAAAUCAUUUUACAUUCACUACUGUGAUCCACCCACCUUUUGUGGAUUAGGAAAAAUAAGAAGAACAAUUUUAUCCAUCAAUCGGAUUUAAUUUUGCUACUGGCGAUGCUUAACGUAAUAUAUAUUCUCUAUGUUGUAUAGCGGGAUGGGCUUUCAUAAGCAAGGAUUAACCACCAUGUGUUCCUUACUUUUCAUCGUACCUUAAGAAGUAGAAUGGAGCGGAAUUCCUAGUUACCGGUGGAGCUUAUCAAGAUAAUGAUUAAAUUUCAAGCACUGCCUUCUGCUUUAGAAUUCAGCUUCAUGAUCACAUGGAAGGGCACAGAAUCAAAUAUGAAUUGUGGAGACAAGGAUUAACAAAGGAGGAUGAGGAUGGCAAUGAAAUCGAGGGAGAGAAAGUGGCUGUCAUUCCUCAAAUGAAUUUCCCGAGACACAAUCACAAAGUUUUUGAACUUUUAAAACCAGGAACCACAAAUCAAUAUUUGUAUAUGGUAGUUGGAGGUCAAUUUAUGAGUUCAGAAGACUGGGGCAUCUUAAAUUAAUGUGAAAUUUACGAUGAGAAGGGACCUGUGAAUCAGAAUGGAGAGUAGUAAUGGGAAGUGGUGGAAUCUAUGAUUUAAGGUAGAGCUGGAUUUUCAGGAUUUGUUUUGAAUAAUAAGGUCUACGUUUAUGGUGGAUUGACAAUUGAGAAAGAAGAGAUUGUAUACAUUAUGAUUAAUUAAUUAUUAGAAAGUACUCCAUAGCAAUAAGGUGGAAUGCUUUGAUUUAACAACUAGGAAAUGGAAGGAUUUUAAAUAUAGAUAAGGUUUGAAUGUAACAAAUCAUUUGGGUUCAUCUUGUUUGCCUGUUUCAUAAAAGCAUAUUCUAAUUUUCGGAGGUUCGAAUGGUGAGAAAGUUACUGAUAAAAUUGCAAUUAUGGAUGUUGAAAAAGGGUCAAUUGAAAAUAUCAAAUAGAAAACCAAAUUGAGUGUCCCAAGAGCAGGAGCUUAAAUUUUUGUGUUGAAGUAAGUGGCUGGUAGAUUAUUAUUAAUAUUGAAUUAGAUUCAAUACAGAAAAGAGAUCUCAUAGUAGUUUUGGGUGGAAAUUAGGAUGAAGUGAGUUUUGAUUACUUUACGAUAAAAGAUUAGAAUACUGUUGAUAUAGAGUACAUUGGAAAAAAUGAGUUUAAUAAUGCAUUUACUGGAGCAGUCACUGGAACAUAUACUUUUGGUGGCAUUAAUGAUAUCAGGGCCUGGGCUAAGACAAUGUAGUACAUGCCUGUAGUGACAUUAAUAUAAUGA